GUUCUGGAUGGGGAAGCUGGAGUAUGUUUCUUUCAAUUAAUGGUCUGCUCUGUCUCUUGCAGGUCAGUGAACAAUUUUCUGAUGACUGGUCCCAAGGCCUAUCUUAUUUACUCAAGCAGUGUGGCAGCUGGGGCACAAAGUGGUAUUGAAGAGUGUAAAUACCAGUUUGCUUGGGACCGGUGGAACUGCCCAGAGAGAACAAUACAGCUUUCCAGCCAUGGUGGUCUACGCAGCGACUGGACCCCCCCUUCUACUGGAUCUUCUACCACAGGCAGCAGCCUCUAUGACUCCGGGCCUUCUUCUCCAGUCUGGAGCAUUCACUUCAACAGGAUCCUCUUCUCUAGACUCGAAUCUCAGUACAACCGGACAUUCUUAUCUCGUCUCCAGAUCCCAUUUCCACCGAAUUACCCACCUGGAGUAUCUCUUUCUGCAGGAUUCCUUUCUCCAGCAAAUCGAGAAACUGCCUUUGUGCAUGCCAUCAGCUCAGCUGGAGUAAUGUACACACUCACACGGAACUGUAGCCUUGGAGACUUUGAUAACUGUGGUUGCGAUGACUCCAGAAAUGGACAACUUGGAGGACAAGGGUGGCUUUGGGGUGGUUGCAGUGACAAUGUUGGUUUUGGAGAGGCAAUAUCUAAGCAGUUUGUGGAUGCACUGGAGACUGGACAAGAUGCUAGAGCCGCCAUGAAUCUUCAUAAUAAUGAGGCUGGAAGGAAGGCAGUAAAGACUACAAUGAAGACGACAUGUAAAUGUCAUGGGGUUUCUGGAAGCUGUACAACUCAAACCUGCUGGCAACAGUUACCGGAAUUUAGAGAAGUGGGAUACCAUUUAAAGGAAAAAUAUCACAAAGCUCUGAAAGUUGAUUUGCUGCAAGGAGCAGGGAAUAGCGCAGCCAGCAGGGGUGCUAUAGCCGAAACAUUUAGCUCCAUUUCAAAAAAAGAACUUGUCCACCUAGAAGACUCACCAGACUACUGCCUGGAGAACAAGACUUUGGGCCUGCUGGGAACAGAAGGCAGAGAGUGUCUUAAGAGAGAUAAGAUGCUUAGCAAGUGGGAAAAAAGGAGCUGCAGACGCUUGUGCGAAGAUUGCGGAUUGGUGGUGGAGGAGAGAAGAGCAGAUAUGGUCUCCAGCUGCAACUGCAAGUUUCAUUGGUGCUGUGCUGUUAAAUGUGAACAGUGCAGGAAAACGGUCACAAAAUAUUUCUGCGUCAAAAAGGAGAAGCGUGAGAGGAGUGGUGGUGGAAUCCCCCGCAAGAAAGGAAGCAAACUAAGAAAGAAAUUUUAGAAGGCUGUAAUUAAAACAUUUGUGAGACUGCAGCCUAUGCAGGCGGAUAUCCACAAUGGAUUUCUCCAUCUGGUGAGACUAAACUAUAUGGUGUACAGCAGUAUUUUCCAAACCAUUCUUCACUAUAAUUGUGCAUGUUUUAUACAGAGGAUCACAGGUGUAUUAAAAUGGACCUUGCAAAAAAGCAAAAACAAAAACAAA